GAUUUAUGAUUUAUCUUUUCAGCACUGUACAAACUACAAAAGCAGACGACACCAAAAUGCAUUGGAUAUUUGCCGUUAAAUUGUUCAUAAUGUUGUGAAUUAAUACCGUUUCGCUAAGUUAUAUGCAAAUAUCAUCAAAUUAGGAGAGUAAAAUUACAGUUAAGUAAAAAUAUAGGAAAUUAAAAAUAAAAUUACAGGAAAGUAAAAUUACGGUACGUCACUUUCAUACGUCAUAAGCAUGUCUCAGAAUACAACAUGUGCUUGAUAUCGGACAAGAAUAAUAUAUGUAAAAGUUACGGAAAGAAAAUUUAUAUGAAAUAAAAUUAGCAAUUGUGAUAAAAGCUUUAAUCACCAUAUACCGGAAGUGUUAAUUUCAAAAUUGGAAGUGGGUUUUUAUUUGCUAGCUAUUGUAAAGACAAGAUGUUGAGGACAAGGAUGCAGGGAGAUGAUAAUAUGUUUAGAUGGGCACGGACUGAAAUGAAAAGGGAGUUGGUGAUGUCACAGUCAUCUUAUGCCAAGGUUGCCGGACUGCAAAGUGAAAUUGGUCGAGUAGUUAUCACGCGGGUAGCCGGAAGUGAACUCGAGUAUAAAAGAACGCUGAAUAUGUACCGGAAGGACAUUGCAUGUACUGUAAACAAUAUUAGAAGGGAGCAAAUAAAAAUGAAAAUGAAGCUUGGAAGAUAUGUGAGAAAACUGAAACAGACACGGAUUGAACAUGUAAAACUGAUAAAGGAACAACAACGCCACGACAAGGAAAGAGCACUCUUGGAAGAACUUCACCUAAGAUUAAAAUCCGAAGCUACGGCUAGAACACCGGAACCAGUAACAUAUCCAGUCGGUGAUCACUAUCUAGAAAACAAACUCGAAGAAGACCAAAGUUUUCACGAAGACGAGGAAACUUAUGAACGCAAGCAACCGCCACAGAUUGAUUUCAAGAGCGGUUCAAUGUUUCUUCAAACAGGAAUAACAGACGUCCAUCCAGGAGAGAAUGACUCAAAUGAUGGCGACGGUCAACAAGCCGGAAACACGCGAAACAGAAAAGUGAGCCGGGCAUUUGAACCAAUGCUUCCAAUGAUAGAUGAAGAUGCUGAAAAAGAAUGCGACGAAUCGAAUGAAAAGCCAGCAUGUACAAAAGAUGAAUCAGAACCGGAUAGAUUUGAUCUAAAAGUUUGGGAUGAGGAGAUGUCGGUAUCGUCAUAUGGUGGUCGAUUAAAGAAGAAAAACGAUGUGUCAUUCUCCGAUAUUAUCAAACUGAAAUACACAGGGACAAAGAAUCUGUUUGAUGUGGUUCAUAAAUUAGCAAGGAAACACGGUAUCCCUGAUGUUGUAGAAAAAGUCCCUGAUCCACGAGACAAUAUUGUUCAUCGCGGUUCUACUAAUGACUCACUUAAACUUCAAGCAGCCAUUUUAUAUCCGAUAAAAUAUGGAUAUAGUCCGGAAGAGGAAACAAACGAGCCUGAAGUCGAUAGACUAGCUGCAAGCAACAGUAAAUCUCCUGUAGUGACGGAAAGUGAAAAUGACGCGAUGUCAGAUUAUAGAGACAGUGUUUCUUCGACAGAACAGAAGUCAAGAAGAGUUCGGCGUCUGUCAUUACGUCAUUCUAGGUCAGUUGAUGAAAGCGAGGAUUAUGACAUUUACUUAGAUGUGCCGGACAAAUCGAGACAAUUAAAGUCAAGAGAUCUAAGCAUGCCCGAUUUAGUCGAUAGAGUUCGAAAAAUCAAAUUUGAACAAGUUGAUAGAUUAUCUUCUAGUCAAAGGUUAGAAAAUGAAAUGAUAUCGUCAUAUAAUCUGUUAUCUCCUUCGCCAUCAUAUAAGCCGUCUUCGUCACGUUCAUCUAGGUCACUUCCGGCACUUUCUAAGAGUUCUGAGAAAGAUGACAAGAACAACGUCAGCUGGACGCAAGCGUUUGGAUUACUCAGAGCUAUUCAUAGUCUUGAAGACGUUUCAGCAUAGAGUACAGAAGCCGCAAAUAUUUAAAGCGAUAUCAUAUAUAAUUAUACAUAAUGGUUCUAAAAACACAGUUUUCAUUUGUGAUCUGACCUUCACUUAUUUAUUUGUGUUCACGUUGAUUGAUACUUUUUAAUAGAGAUCACGGUGAAGAACUAUAACUAAUUCAAUGUUUAUACUGAAUGAAUUAUAAUCAAAUUACCCUAAGUUGUACAUAAUGAUAUUGAAUGCAUUCUAUUAUAAGCUAUAUAAGUUAAUACGUCACAAGACAUUGGAAAUGUAUCACAUGUAAUCAAAUUUGUCGAAAUAAAUUUCACUUUAUUG